UCCAAAAGAAACUUACUGCACCACUCAAUUAGUCACUCUAGGAUCUAUUAUUUUUAUUGCUAUAUCUAGAUAUGUCUAUUAUACAGCUUUACCUAUACUUUCUUAGUUAGAGCUUUCGAAUGGGGGAAGCUCAAGUGCAUGGAUCCCAUGAUACAGAACCCUGUUUUGUUAGUUAUUACGUGUUCAUAUAGUUUAAGUUGCAUUUGCUUGAAACCUGUUACAAAUCGCAUUAAUAACGCCAUAGGUUUUGAACUCAUAGCUGUCUGCUAUCAUUUUAUUGUAUCCAUGAUUGGUUGUUAGAAGUUACAAUAACACACACACGCAUGUAACGUAGUAGCUUGAUUGGUAUGAAAAGCUGGACUACAUAACAAUUCAAUGUCCUAUCAUAACAUUUGACCUUAGGAUGACUGAUAUCUUCUGCUUGUGUAGUUUAAUUGUUUGUACUGGGACUUUUUUUCUUGAACUAGUCAUCACCUCUUCUUUUAGGUACUCAUCAAUGCUGGCUGAAAAUCUUGUUAAUCCACCAAGUCUUUGCAAGCCAUCUUACUUAUGCAAUGCUGAAACAAACCCGAGUAGUUCUGCAAGAAGAGGUGGUGAAUCAGAUAAUGGAUCCCAUUUAGAUAUCCCUGCUACAGAUGCAGAUUAUGAUUUGCAAUCCAGCAAAGAAUCUGUAAGUUUCAAAUCCCAACAGUGGUUAAUGGUUAUCUUUCUUGCAGUUAUCAUUCACACUACUGUUGACUAAUGCAAUAUUUGCUCAGACAGCAGAGGAAAAAGUCCUGAGAAGCAUGACACUAGACAUGACAGCUCACUUGUGAAAUUUCAAACUGUUAAGUUUCAUUGAUUUCCACAUUAUAUUUAGGCAAUCACACUUGUUCCUGUAGAGGAAUUGCUUGCAAGGUAUAAAAAGGUAGAGAGAGGAGCUGAGCUCCCUGUUCCCUCCCUUCUCUUCUUAUUGGGUGCAGGUAGUUUUCUGAUGCUACAUUUAUCAUUCGGGAUUGUGACAGUGAAGAUGUAGAUGAUGACUCUAUAUCCUAGUCUAUUUCUGGUUCUGAAGAGUUAUUAGAUUGUAGUUGUAGUUCCAUUCCAACAGAGGAGAUAAGUAGUGAGUAGGAUGGUAUUCUUGCAAGUUGUGUUUAAUAUCCAUGCAAUGCAAAGCAGGCACAUCCUCUGCAA